AUGAAAGUCGUUCUUGCCGUUUUUCACCUCGUCGCCGCGUCUGUCUAUGCCAAGCAGACCGUACCGAAGACCCCUCCUCCUACCUACACGUCCGGCGAGAUCGUGCCGGUGGAAAAGACCUGGAGGACGUGGUCCUACAAUGACAUCAAGGGCGUGGGAAGGUUCUCCGUCCAGUCAGACUUCCUCAACCAUCAGAACGAGGCAGCGCCUGGCUUCCUCUGCUUCGAAGGAAAGGGGAGCCCCAAGCCUGGUCACACCCCUACUUGGCGCCUGAAACGUGAUGAUGGAGUCUACGUCGUCAAACAGCAAGUUAGAAGCGGGUACUGCUACGCGAUCGUGCCUCUCGGCGGCAAGGACGUGAACGCGUACUUGGCUUAUGAGCAGCUCGCCUACUUUCGGACCGAGCAUCCUGAAAAGAAUCACCAGUACAACCUCAUCCUCGACGGCGAUGAGGCUCAUGCCAUCCCGCUGAUGCCUAUGAUGGAGGUGACGUACGACAAUCGACGCUAG